AUGGACGUUGCCAUGUUUGUGUGUGUUGGUGAUGGUAGGAACAGUUUUAUUGGACACCAGCUGGGCGGGGUAGUGGAAGUACCCAACAGCAAGGACCAGCGGAUCAAGUCAGCCAGAGCCGUCCAACUCACCUACUACCUCCAGACCUAUGGCUCUGCCACCCAAGACCUCAUAGGGGAGAAGUGGGAAAACGAGUUCUGUAAGCUGAUGAGGAAGCUCCAGCAGGAGCACCACGGCCUCCAGCUCCACUCUUUAGCCUCCUUUAGCCUCUGGAGGGACUUUCAUAAGACCAGCAUCCUGGCCAGGAGCAAGGUCCUGGUGAGCCUUGUGCUGAUCCUGACCACAGCCACCCUCUCCAGCUCCAUGAAGGACUGUCUGCGCAGCAAGCCCUUCCUGGGCCUCCUGGGGGUGCUCACGGUGUGCAUCUCCAUCGUCACCGCCGCAGGGAUCUUCUUCAUCACGGAUGGGAAGUACAACUCCACCCUGCUGGGAAUCCCAUUCUUCGCCAUGGGUCAUGGAACUAAAGGCGUAUUUGAGCUUCUGUCCGGAUGGCGGAGAACCAGAGAGAAUUUGCCCUUCAAAGACAGGGUAGCAGAUGCCUAUUCCGAUGUGAUGGUCACCUAUACCAUGACCAGCUCCCUGUACUUCAUUACCUUUGGCAUGGGGGCCAGCCCAUUCACAAACAUAGAGGCUGUGAAGGUCUUCUGUCAGAACAUGUGUGUGUCCAUUCUGUUGAACUACUUCUACAUUUUCUCUUUCUUUGGCUCCUGUCUGGUCUUUGCUGGCCAACUAGAGCAAAACCGCUACCACAGCAUCUUUUGCUGUAAGAUCCCUUCUGCAGAAUACCUGGACCGCAAACCUGUGUGGUUCCAGACAGUGAUGAGUGAUGGGCAUCAGCAGACAUCUCAUCAUGAGACAAGCCCCUACCAGCAUCACUUUAUUCAGCACUUCCUCCGUGAACACUACAAUGAAUGGAUCACCAAUAUCUAUGUGAAGCCAUUUGUUGUCAUCCUCUAUCUCAUUUACGCCUCCUUCUCCUUUAUGGGGUGCUUGCAGAUCAGUGAUGGAGCCAACAUCAUCAAUCUACUAGCCAGUGAUUCCCCAAGUGUUUCCUAUGCCAUGGUUCAGCAGAAAUAUUUCAGCAACUAUAGCCCUGUGAUAGGAUUCUACGUUUAUGAGCCCCUUGAAUACUGGAACAGCAGCGUCCAGGAGGACCUACGGAGACUCUGCAGUGGCUUCACUGCUGUGUCCUGGGUGGAGCAGUACUACCAGUUCCUGAAAGUUAGCAACAUCAGUGCCAAUAACAAAAGUGACUUUAUCAGUGUCCUACAAAGUUCAUUUUUAAAAAAGCCAGAAUUUCAGCAUUUUCGCAAUGACAUCAUCUUCUCCAAGGCAGGGGAUGAAAACAACAUCAUUGCUUCUCGCUUAUAUCUGGUGGCAAGGACUAGCAGAGACAAGCAGAAGGAAGUCAUAGAAGUGUUGGAAAAAUUGAGGCCCCUGUCCCUGUCAAAAAGCAUCCGAUUCAUCGUGUUCAACCCCUCCUUUGUGUUCAUGGACCAUUACAGCUUGUCUGUCACAGUGCCUGUUCUGAUUGCAGGCUUUGGUGUUCUCCUGGUGUUAAUUCUGACUUUUUUCCUGGUGAUCCACCCUCUGGGAAACUUCUGGCUAAUUCUUAGUGUCACCUCAAUUGAGCUGGGCGUUCUGGGCUUAAUGACAUUAUGGAACGUCGACAUGGAUUGCAUUUCUAUCUUGUGCCUUAUCUACACUUUAAAUUUCGCCAUUGACCACUGUGCACCUCUGCUUUACACGUUUGUAUUAGCAACUGAGCACACCCGAACACAAUGUAUAAAAAGCUCCCUGCAAGAGCAUGGAACAGCCAUUUUGCAAAAUGUUACUUCUUUUCUUAUUGGGUUGGUCCCCCUCCUAUUUGUGCCUUCGAACCUGACCUUCACACUGUUCAAAUGCUUGCUGCUCACUGGGGGUUGCACACUUCUGCACUGUUUUGUUAUCUUACCAGUGUUCCUAACUUUUUUCCCUCCUUCCAAAAAGCACCACAAGAAAAAGAAACGCGCUAAACGAAAGGAGAGAGAGGAAAUUGAAUGCAUAGAAAUUCAAGAGAACCCUGAUCACGUCACCACAGUCUGAAGGGUGUAGACUAACGGAUUAUUUUUCUUUUCCAGUAUUGCACAAUGAUGCAGGGCGAGUAAAGCUCAGACCUCAGCUGCUUGGGCUGGCCAGGGGUAACAAGGCAAGUCAGAUCAAGAGUGAAUUAUUCAUGACACAUCAAGGUGUCCACUUCUUUGGGGGACGAGGGAAUCAAAGAAGGGGAAAAAGUUCUUUGCAACCUUGUUCUCCACUAAAGAUAAGUUUCUGGAUGUGAUUUUAGAGCUCUUGCAAGGAACGGAUGAAUCAAAGAAGUUAGAAAGCUGAAAUAACCAACUGCUUUUAAAAAUAAAAUGCUUAGGAGAAUGGAAAAGAGAGGAAAGGGGUGACUCCAAAUAUUGAAAAAGACAUAAGAAAUGUUAAGAUGCUGUGGCACUUUCCAUAUUUGUUCUUUGAACAGAUUAGUCAAAGGAAACCUAUGCACUUGGGAAGUACAUAUUUAAUCCCAUCUAAACCAAAGGACUUCCCAAUCCAUUUUAUGUUACCUUUAUAUGUAUAUGUGCAAUAUAUACAUAUACUUAGAUUUAUCUUUAGUGUACAUUGACAUUUGUAUGGAGGAAGGUGUCCAUUUGCAGACAGGCUGGUAUUUCUCUGGAAAGUCACAUCAGCCUUAGCCAAACAUAACUGCAUAAUAACCAUUCAAAAUCAACUCAAGUGUUUCAGCAGCAAGAGUGCUAUUCAACUGUAUGAUAAGCAAAUAAACAGAGAUAUGAGUCCAUUCAGUUCUUGUUUGGGUGACUUAGCAAAAAAUACAAAAGACAUUAGAAUUAAUUACAACAUGAACAAGGUUCAAAGUGUCAUGUUGGAGCUAAGUAGUUGAUAUGGAUUCUUAUUGACUUCUCAUGGUUCUCUGUAUUUUGGAAUAUUGAUUUGGCUGCUUUCAGAGAACUCACCUCUGCAAAUGAACACUUAAGACAUGUUGCCCAUACAUAUGUGUAUAAGGGUGCCUGUGUGCAUGUGUGUGGGGGAGUUCCAUAGUUAUAAUAUUCUGAUGGUAAAAAUGUACUGCCCUUGAAUAUAGGUAAUUCACAGAGGAGAAAGGAAACAUAACUAGGAGACUUGUAGAGUGAAACAGAGUAAAUGGACCAUCACCACUCACGUGCCAUCAACCGGUUCUUAGUAUAAGGAAAAUAUUCUAAUCCUAUAAAGUCUAGUGUGUUCCUUGCAUCAGUUUUUGGAACAUCAACCCAGGCCAUGAUCACUGUAGUAGUAUAAAUAUGUACUCUAAGAGGUACUCACCUACUGCAAUAUCGUUUUGUAGCUUCUUGCAAUAUCAUUGUUCUUGUUAACCUGGAAAGUGCUCCUAGGUUGGCCCACCUCGUAGGGUGAUUGUAACUGUCCACAGGCGGCAUAUUAACUGCUGCUGAAUUCUCUCUCUGAGAAAGUACUGAGGUAAAACGUUUUCAUUGAGUUCAAGUUUAAAACUGCUCCCCAGCAGAUAGACUCAAGUCUGUUGGGUGCUUACUGUCACAGAAAAUUACUAGAAAAUGCCUUUUCCCAUGCCAAGCAGUAAAAUAAUUCAUUUUCAGGUAGGACUGAACAAAUAUCCAAUGAUUAAAAAUAUGCUAGUAAGUUCUUUGACCUGGAAGAGAGCUACUGUUUCCCACUAACAUUGGGCAUAUAGUUUAAUUGAAUUUAAAAUAUUAAAAUCUAAAACACAAACACAAAAACUUCCUGGACUCAGUUAAGUUCAAAAAAGAGAUACAAACCAUUCCAUUCUGAUUGCAGUCUUUGGAAGUGAAGUUGAUAAAUUAAUGAAAUAACAAAACAAGUGUACUUUUGCAAAUAGUUUAUCAGAAUAUUAAGGGAAAGGAGAAUGGUCUCUAAAAUAAAAAACAUUUAACAAAACUUUAUUUUAUAAAUUGAAGUUUGUUUUGUCCUACCUUGAGAUUACUGACUUUCUAUUAGAAAUGAUCCACGUCUUCUCAGUUGUGUUCAUCUGGGCAGAAUAUCGAUAUAUUGAUAAUGGAAAAAAAAUGCCAUAAAUAUAGGGUUAUUAUUCUUACAUUAUUUGAAAAGUCAUGUCACAGAUAACCCUAGCCUUUUGCUUCCUGAACUGCUCUGUUAAGAUGAACUGGUCUU